GUUUCAAGUUCACUCUGGGAUAUUAACAAUAAAUUAUUUAGAAAUAUUUCUAAAUUCUCUGCACAAUCUAUUUAUUAAUGUAAAGACUGCUGCUCGAUAUCUCUGUUUUCUUUCUUCGAGUUUAUCUCGUAUCUUCUGGCUACGUUCUUUCUUAAUUCAUCAUUAAAUUUAACUAUCGCGCAGUUUUGCGCGAAUGCCAGAGUUGAUAACAGUUGAUUACAGUUUUUAGUUGAGCUUCUCACUUUCGUAACUAGGGUAUCGACUUUCAGAGUAUAACGUCCGCAUAACGCUCGCGCGUAGCAUGUCUUGACGAGUAGGAGAGACGCUUCGAAACUGGGUUCUCGGCAGAUAAGGGUUCACCACAAUGGCGGGCGGUCAACAGCUUCCGGAGCAAUACACGGUACCACCGUACGCGAGGAUCUUCCACAGUCUGCCGCAUCUGAACGUCUCCUUACACUCGGUCAAUAAUACGUUCAAUCCCCACUCCGAGAUCUAUUUGGAGAGCCUCGGGAUACUAGGAAGUAUUCCUGCAGCCUGGCUGAUCUUAACUUUGCUGGUAUUGCUCGUUUAUUUGGUAACGAGAUGCUGCGACCGGAGACCGCGCCCCAAGAAGUCGAUAACCGCGUUGAAGUGUUCACUGGCCAUCCUGGCGUUGCUCUGUAGCGGAGCAGUCGCUGUUGGUCUUUAUGGCAACGAUGACGUGCACAAUGGCUUGGUACAACUCGUGGCAGCUGCGAAAAACGUUGAUGGGAUUCUCAUGGGCGUCAGAAAUCAGACUGACACUAUAGAAGCGACUCUGAAGAAAAAAGUGCAGCCGCAACUAACUGCCCUCGGAGACGAAUUUGACGCCCCGGUGAGCAAUAAAACUAUGCUAGGUUGGCUGCUAGUGGCACUUAAUGGCAUGAAGCAAAACACGAGCAUCGCCGUAAAUCGAAGUUUCGAGAUACGGAAGCCCUUGAGCGGUAUCAGUCUUGCCGGCGCCAUCGGGAUGGGCGAGAAGAUCGAACAGUGGCGAUGGCCUAUUACCAUGGCAGUUCUGAGCGCUCUACUGGUCCUCUGCGUGAUUCUGGUGGUUGGUGUUGCGCGGCACUCCAGAUGCGUUCUCAUAACAUUUUCCGUGUUUGGCUUGUUUGCGGUAAUCGUCUCUUGGCUCAUGGCGUCCCUGUACUUGGCCACUUCUGUAGCUCUAGGUGAUCUCUGCGUAUCACCCGAUGGUUAUUUGAGCAGAGCCGUACCAUCGACCUUAGCAUCUGAGGUACUCUCGUAUUACACGCAUUGCGAGAAUACGCGUAGCAAUCCCUUCACGCAGAGACUGCGAGACGCGCAACGCGCGGUGGGCAACAUGAGAAAUAAUUUGAAUACAGUGACUCGAUUGGCGAUCGAUCUGUUCAAAGACCAGCAACUCCAGCCGAAACUCAGCAGUUUAUCUACAGAUGUCAAUACCGUUGACAGACUCGUAUCUGGUUUAGCCACGUUACUCGACUGUAAACCUCUGCACAAGCAAUACGUUCAUGCCGCCAAGAGUUUGUGUCACUUGGGAUUGUAUGGAUUGAGUUUCAUGCUAAUAGCAAGUUUAGCCGCAGGUCUCUUGUUCACUGUAUUGGUUUGGGUGGAUUCUCAUACGUGGAUAUAUAUACGAAAACGAAGGGAUUAUCAUCAAGUUGACGAACAGGACCCUUACUUACCACCAUCGGCGGCAUCGCAGGCGAUAGCAGCAAGGACCCUUCGAGGCCAAGGGUCGUACCCGCCUACAGCCCCUACGCUUAAUUCGAAUGCUCUUGGCACUCAUAAUACGAUUAAGCAGCCUCUCUUGCUAACGCCGCCCCCACCGUCCUACGCUACUGCGACUGCUCGAGCACGUCAACUGCACGAGAGCAUGUUAAAAGGUGGGGGUGUUAACGGGAGCGGAGGGGGCGGGGAUCACAAAUCGUCUCAGCAUAAUCAGCAAUCAACGGGCGGCCGAGCUGAGCACCGUUCUGGACUCGGAGAUCAACCUGGCCAGUACGCGACUCUGAGCAAGCAGUGCAAGACGCUAGAAUCUAGUGAUUUCUACUGAGGGCACGCCCCCGCAGGGCCCGGUAGAGAACCACCUUGGACGCCCAGCGUAGCGUCCUUCACCGGUACCCUGUCUCACAAUUCGCACGGACCCGCGCAUCUUGCUACUUUCCAGGAUUCGCGAAAGACGCAAACGUUGGAUCCGAAGAAUCUGGCCAAUCUGAAAAGGGGUCCGACACAGGCUUGGAAUCAAAAUCGACCGCUUCCGCCAAAUCCCGCGAGUCAGCAGCCUACAUGGGAGUUCGAG